AUGCCCCUAAACACAUGCGAAUACCAACUGCUGUUUCUGCUCUGUUUUCUGAUGAAAAGCUGUCACGCUUUCAAAAAUGAUGCUACUGAAGAGUUUAACAGGCACGCGCUCGCAUCGGCUCAAGAGACUCCGAAUAACGCGUCGUUAAACCGAGCUCGCAACGGAGGAAGAAGACCAGAGAGUCGCCACCAGACCGAACAGCACCAGGUCGGCUGCAGGGAGCUGAGGUCCACUAAGUAUAUAUCUGAUGGCCAGUGCACCAGCCUGAACCCAGUCAAGGAGUUGGUGUGUGCUGGUGAAUGUCUGCCCACCCACCUGCUGCCCAACUGGAUCGGUGGAGGUCACUACUGGAGCAGACGGGAUGCCCAGGAGUGGCGCUGUGUCACCGACCGCACACGAACCCAGCGCAUUAAACUCCAGUGCCAGGAUGGCACCACACGCACAUACAAAAUCACAGCUGUCACCUCCUGCACAUGCAAGAGAUACACUCGCCAAAACAACGAGUCCUCUCAUGCACCUCAGAGUCACUCAAAGGAUCAUCCACUGCAGAGCCCCAAGAAGAAAAAAAGCAAAAAUAAAAACUCCAAGCUUACUUCUAAAAACAAAGAGAUUUGA